AUGUAUUUAUUUGAAGCAAUUAAAAAGAAUGAUGACAAAAGCGUUGAACAAGAUACAUCGAAAAUAACAACGACUACGGAUAUAUCGUAUGGAAAAAGUGAAUUCGAUAUAAUACCAAGUCGAAAUUUUCAAUUGGAUUCUACAUUAACAUGUAAUAGUGAAGAUAAAAUAUUAUAUGAUGGAUAUAUCACAAGCAUCAAUAUAUCUCUCGAUACUUUCUUUAAUAAGUUCGGUACAACCGAUAAUCAACUUCACUUUGUUACAAUACUAGAUAGCCAAAUCUUAUCUACAUGGAAGGUUACGCCACAAGAUAAUCUUCUUUUUCAUACAUUUGAAAUAUCACCAUGGGAAUUAGUCGUUAAAUCAGGUUCUUUUUUAUGUGUUGCGACAGAUAAUGGUGAUACCUUAUUAACGGGAGAUUCUAGCGUAAUCGACAACAAAAUCAGUGCAACUCAAUCAGGCAAAGCUGUUUCAUUUCCAAACUAUUUUACUCCAUAUAAUAACAUUCAAUCACAAGGGAAUGAAGAAAAUCUUGGCAUUGCAUUAUCAUUUAUUAUUGUUCAUAAUUCUAUGUGGAAUGUAACAACACCAGCAACACCGACAACAACAAUUAUAACACUUAAGCCAGAUACAAACACCAUUUAUGGAUCUUUCAGCGACGAUGUGCUCAAUGAAGGUAUUUCAUUAAACUCCUUAUUUUUAUACAACCGGGACGAUGAAUGCCGUGAAACAGGAUAUCUAGUUCAUAUUAAAAUACAAUUCUGCGCGCCAUUUCUACCGGAAAAUACAUUAGAUGGUGAUCUUUGGUUCUUCAUAGUAAGCUCAGAUGGAUAUAUAAUUUGGAGAUAUUCAGUAAAACUCUUAAAUACAUCAUUGAUUCAAUCAUUUUCAUUUCCUCAACAUAGAAUAUUACUACGAAGCACCCAGUAUUUAGCAGUUGGAACAUUUUCACGGAAUUCUGAUAGAGAUAAUACAAUAUGUUUACGAAAAACAGGAACUGCUUAUUCAUCCGAAAAUAUUGAUAAUACCACUCUUGAUUUUUUUACAUAUGUGAAUUCAGAACCGAUAGAAUCCAAAAUGGGUAUUGCAUUGAGUUUUGUUAUUCUUACUAAUCACGAAACAUCGCUAUUCGACUUUGGUGGUCCAGAUAUUGGAUGA